AAAAAAACAGAAAAAGUUCCAAUUUUUUUGGUGGGUAAUAAGUAUUUGGUAAUGGCUCUUCCUACAUUUGUUUUUUUGUUUGCUUUCAUCUCAAAAUUCAGGGUCUUAGUCACAUUAGUUUCGUUACACAUCUAACUCUUUUACUCUCUUCUCUGGUUUCGCUCUUAUUGGUGGGGCAGGAAGAUGAAAGUUUCCACUUUUGUUACUUUGCUAUGUUUAUUUCUGAAGUUUUUUGAGGUUGGUGAGUGAUUCAGCUUUGUUAUUGCAGAAACUUGUUGAAAAUGGCACCGAAUCUUAGGAUUAAGAAAGCCUGUGACGCGAUGAAGCUUUUAGGAAUAUCAGAGACGAAAACAAGGGCCUUUCUCAGGAAACUUCUCAAGACCUAUGAGAAUAACUGGGAUUUCAUUGAAGAGGAUGCUUAUAAGGUCCUUCUUGAUGCAAUCUUCGACGAGGCUGAUGCCCAGUCCACUGAAAAAAAUAAGAAGGAAGAGGAAAAGAAGAAGAAGGAAGAGGAAAAGAAGUCCAGAAGUGUAGCAACGAGCAGGGGAAGGAGGAAAGCUCCUGAGCCUUUGGUACAAGAUGAAGAGGACGAUAUGGAUGAAGAUGAAUUUCCAUUGAAAAGGAGGUUGCGCAGUAGACGUGGAAGAGCUUCAUCUUCAUCUUCAUCUUCAUCUUCCUAUAACAACGAGGAUCUCAAGACACAGCCUGAAGAGGAAGAUGAAGAUGAUGGUGUGACUGAAUUACCUCCGUUAAAGAGGUACGUACGCAGAAAUGGUGAACGAGGGUUGGCAAUGACUGUUUAUAACAAUGCAAGUCCUAGCUCCAGCAGUCGCUUGUCAAUGGAGCCCGAAGAAGUACCACCAAUGGUUCUAUUGCCAGCUCAUCCUAUGGAAACGAAGGUUUCUGAAGCCAGUGCACUUGUUAUCCUCAAUGAUGAACCCAAUAUCGAUCAUAAGCCUGUGAUUUCAGAUACAGGAAACUGUUCAGCUCCCAUGCUUGAGAUGGGGAAAUCAAAUAUACAUGUGCAAGAAUGGGAUUGGGAAACCAAAGAUAUUCUCAAUGAUACUACUGCCAUGGAUGUGUCUCCUUCUUCAGCUAUUGGGGAAUCAAGUGAGCAUAAGGUUGCUGCUGCUUCAGUUGAAUUAGCUUCUUCGACUUCUGGUGAGGCAAAGAUUUGUCUAAGUUUCGCGCCUGCAACUGGAGAAACAACGAAUUUGCAUUUGCCUUCUAUGGAGGAUCUUCGGAGAGCAAUGGAGGAGAAGUGCCUCAAGUCGUACAAAAUUGUUCACCCCGAGUUUUCGGUCCUUGGGUUCAUGAAGGACAUGUGUAGCUGUUACAUAGACUUGGCAAAGAAUUCAACCAGCCAGUUGCUUGAAACAGAAACCGUAUGUGACAUGAGUAAGGCGGGUGAUGAAAGUGGUGCAGUUGGCAUUUCGAUGCCGUUGGUGGUUGUUCCUGAAUGCGAGAUCUCGGGAGAUGGCUGGAAAGCAAUUAGCAACAUGAAGGACAUUACGGCUGGUGAAGAAAACGUUGAGAUUCCAUGGGUGAAUGAGAUCAACGAGAAGGUUCCUUCCCGUUUCCGUUACAUGCCUCACAGCUUUGUGUUUCAAGAUGCUCCAGUGAUAUUCUCGCUCUCAAGUUUCUCUGAUGAGCAAAGCUGCUCCACUUCUUGUAUCGAAGACUGCCUGGCUUCAGAAAUGUCGUGCAAUUGUGCAAUUGGUGUUGAUAACGGGUUUGCGUACACAUUAGAUGGGUUACUCAAAGAAGAAUUCUUGGAAGCUCGGAUCUCUGAGGCUCGUGAUCAACGGAAACAGGUGCUGCGAUUCUGUGAAGAGUGCCCAUUGGAGAGAGCUAAAAAGGUUGAGAUUUUGGAACCAUGUAAAGGGCAUCUAAAGAGGGGAGCCAUUAAAGAGUGUUGGUUCAAAUGUGGUUGCACUAAGAGAUGCGGUAACCGAGUGGUGCAAAGAGGAAUGCACAACAAAUUACAGGUGUUUUUCACGCCAAAUGGGAAAGGCUGGGGACUUAGGACUUUAGAGAAACUGCCUAAAGGGGCAUUUAUUUGUGAGUACAUUGGAGAGAUAUUGACAAUUCCGGAGUUAUACCAACGUAGCUUUGAAGAUAAACCCACUUUGCCUGUGAUAUUGGAUGCACAUUGGGGUUCUGAAGAAAGGUUAGAGGGUGACAAAGCUCUGUGUCUUGAUGGGAUGUUUUAUGGAAAUAUCUCAAGGUUCCUUAACCACAGAUGUCUUGAUGCAAACUUGAUCGAGAUUCCAGUUCAAGUCGAGACUCCGGAUCAGCAUUAUUAUCAUCUUGCAUUCUUCACAACAAGAGACAUCGAGGCAAUGGAGGAACUCGCAUGGGAUUAUGGCAUUGACUUCAACGAUAAUGACUCUCUAAUGAAACCCUUUGAUUGUCUGUGUGGUAGCAGAUUCUGCAGGAACAAGAAGCGAUCAACGAAGACCAUGCAGAUUUUGAACAAAGCAUGAGAGGCUAGUGAAGAAGAAAAGACGUGAUGAGACCCUCUGUUUUUUGGUGAAUGGGACUCUCCAAACCGGUCCGGGUUAAUAGAUUUUGUAGGUUGGGAAAAAAAGAAGCUUAAGUUGGGUAUUGUGUGAUCAAACUCUGUAUAGCUCGAGGGUCCAGUGCCUUUUGUUUUAAUUUAGAAGUUUGACCAUCUUUAAUUCUAAAUCUCUCUAAACCACGUUCUUUUUUGUAGUAAACCAUAAAUUUCCGCACUGUUGAGGGCCAACGGAUCCCUGAUCGUAAGACUAGGAGUCUAGGAUGGACAAGUUUUUACUUCUUACUUUUAUCACUCAGUUUAUGGAGAUGGAAAGUAUGAUUGUAUUGUCUUUGUG